AGCACGUUGACGCUUUACAGCUGCUACCUGGGAAAAACAUGUUACAAAGUAAUAGCAAUAUUAACAUAUUUUAAUAAGUAACAUGAAUAAUAUUUCUAAAGACGUUGGCUGACUUACAACACCGCGGUCUGAUGCGCGGUGUACUUUUUGUGCUGAGGUUUGAAAGCUUUCGUCUGCGUUGGUUGGCUGCCGUCAGCGAACGAGCAGGAUAGUCUUAGAAAAAAAAGAAGCUCCGGAGGAAGAUUGCUGAAGGACUUCUUUUAUGUAAACAUGGGCCGCAUCCGGGCGGAGGAGGACGCGUCGUGAAAGGUGUCGGUGUUUCAUCUCUGAAGGCAGCAUCCAAUUGAAGCCAUAGAAGAUUGUGUAAUAUGUAAAGCAUCAGCAUGCUUCAUCACACAAUGACUGCUCCAUCCAAACAAUAGAGUUAACUGCGGUCACGUCAUCACACAGCCAUGGGCGUCUGUUCAUCUGCCUGCAAGAUGUUGCGCAGGGGAAAGUACUUUUUCCUGCUGCUCCUCUGCUUGUCUGUACUGGCAUGGAUUGCCAUGUUUUCUGGAGAUUUUGUCAAAUCCCUUCCUGUGUCCUCGGUGACAACGCAAGCUCUUGCUAUGCGGGACACGGCACACUCAUGGACGUCAGCGAAGGAUAACAUGAUUACUCCAACGCCAAUACAGGCGUGUCCUCAGAAGUCGCCGCUGCUACAAGGAGCACUAAAGCUGAACUUUGAGCCCACCCUGACACUGAAGGACGUGGAGGGCGAAAACAAGCGAGUAGCUGAAGGCCAGUUCGAACCUUCCUACUGCACGGCCAGGCAGAGCGUGGCCAUCCUUAUUCCGCAUCGCAGCCGAGAGCGACACCUUCUCUACCUGCUGCACCACUUGCACCCCUUCCUGCAGAGGCAGCAACUCCACUAUGCAGUCUAUGUCAUCCAGCAGGCUGGUGAUGUCACUUUCAACCGUGCCAAAUUACUCAACGUGGGUUACUUGGAGGCACUUAAGGACUACAACUGGGACUGUUUCAUUUUCCAUGAUGUGGAUUUGGUACCUGAAAACGACCACAAUCUCUACAUCUGCGAUACACAACCCAAACACCUGGUGGUUGGACGUAAUUCCACUGGAUACAAGCUGCGUUACAAGGGCUACUUUGGAGGCGUCACAGCCAUGAGCAGAGAGCAGUUUCAUCAAGUCAACGGCUUUUCAAACGCCUACUGGGGAUGGGGUGGAGAAGACGACGACCUCUGCAAAAGGGUGGAGCUACAGAAAAUGAAGAUUGUGCGGCCGCCCGCCGGCAUCGCCCGCUACACGAUGGUAUUUCACAAACGCGACAGCGGCAAUGAAAUCAACAAAGACAGCAUGAAGCUGUUAGGACGAACGCCUGUGGUAUGGAAAAAAGACGGACUCAAUAGCUGCUCGUACAAGACUUUAUCGGUGGAGAGGCCGCCGCUGUAUGUAAACCUGACCGUGGACAUUGGAAAGCCACAAAGCUGAGGUUUUUAGUCGAUUGCCAGAUGAGUGCUGAACUACGACCACACAUUUGCAGCAGCGGAAGUGAAAGGUGAUGCUGUGGAUUUCUAACAACAAAUGUUGUCCACUUCAGCUGUGUUCACAUUUCAGCGACUCCUUGUGUGAAGUCUUAAAGUGCCCAAACAUCCACCCAGAACUCAGUACUGUUUGAUUAUUAAUAAGUAUCUAAUGCGAAUCAUCACUUCAUAAUUUCUUAGUAUUUUUUUUAGCUGGAUGCACAUCUUAUCUACAUAUUAUACAUUUAGCAUAUCUGUCUAGAGAGGAAACUGAACUGCAUUUUAUUUUUAGACCAACACCUAAGUUUGGUAAAAGUAGCGUGACAACAUAAAUACUCGGUAGGAACUGAGUAUUUUGAUGUUUUUAUACGUGCAGUGUUUCCACACUAAAAGAUGGUCCACGUGUAUGGAUUGAGCAUGUAGACAUUAUCAUUCCUGGCUUAUUGUUCGAGAAAUAUCAAUACACAUGCGCUCGAAAUAAUUGACCAGGUAAAUUAUUCAAAUGUUGUAUAAUACUGUACCGUACUUAUCUAGAAGUGACAAUAUUGAAAUCUCAAUGAGCAGACAAGUUCCAAAAUAAAGCAAGUGACCUUG